UGUGAGCACUGUCUGUGAUACUUUGAGGCAUCUGACAACACGAAACUGGAAACGUGGAGUCAGGGUGUGUGCAGAAGGCGGUGCUUGAGUCAAUAAAUAAAUAGGCUUACAAGAAAUCCUCUCUGAAUGAACUUUAAACUGACUGGUCGUAGACAAUACACCAUAAAGGAAUACACGGGAGGAGGACCUGUACAGGAUGCAAUUUAGGAAACAUUGCAUUUUUACAACGUUGGGUCACACAGGGAUAAUAAGGAAACAACAGAAGAAAAAGUAACUAAAAUUACAUUUUCAUCUCUCCCUCUCAGAAAAUUUGAUAAAAUGUGGAAUAGGAUAUUUUUUUGUGGACUGGUGGUCUGUCUCAUCUGCCUCACUGACCAGACUCAGGAACAGAAAACACCUUUAGUUGUUCAAGGGACAGAUUGCACACAGAUCAAAACUCUCUCCCCUCGAGCCACCAGUGGAGUGUAUGUCAUUCAGCCUGCAGGAGUCACAUCCCCCUUUAUGGUGUAUUGUGAGAUGCUGGCAGAUGGAGGCUGGACAGUCUUUCAAAGGCGCACCGGGGCAGAGGUUCUUUUCAACAGGAAGUGGGCAGUGUACAAACAAGGCUUUGGGAAUCUACGGAAGGACCACUGGCUGGGUCUGAGUAAGGUGUUUGCUCUAACUAAUGGGGGCAGGGGGCGGAGUUCGACUAUGCGGGUCAACCUGUGGGACUUUGAAGGGGGCACUGCCUUCGCUGAGUACAGUGACUUCCGUCUGGGCACGGAGAAGGAGAGCUACAAGCUGAACAUUGGAGCCUACAGGGGCAGCGCAGGUGAUGCCAUCCGUGGGAAAUACACAGGCAUUGACCAGAACGGCUUUGGAUUCAGCACAACCGACAAGGACAAUGAUGGCUGCUCACCCUGCAUCUUUGGCGACAUCGCCGAGGACGAGUGCAGCUUCUCGGAGGGAGGAGGAGGGUGGUGGUACAGCCGCUGUGGCUCUGCCAGCCUGAACGGUGACUGGCACCCCGCCGGCGAACACAUCGGCUGGGCCUCCGGCCUCCACUGGGAGACCUGGAAAGGACGUGUCCCGUACUCGGCCCGAGCGAGCCGCAUGAUGAUCAAGUCCGUGUGAGGCCACGUCUCAAUACAUCUCAAAUGGUUUUCUAGGCCUAUGUCUCCUUUGCUUUAUGACCACUGGUCUGAGCCACAUUAGUGGGCAUUAGAGGAAACCAUUGAAAUAACUGGAACACACACAGCUAUGUGUUCCAUGGAGUGAUGCCUGCAUAUCGUGGCAUAGUGCUUAGCUUGAAUGGUCUGUUUAUUUGGGUCUGAUGUGCAAUCAACACACUGUAUUUGUUUGUUUUUUUGUUUAUCCCAUUCACUUUGUUGUUUUAUAUCAUGAUGCAUAAAUCAGAGCCAACAUGUAAGUGACAGAUAUAGAAAAUAUACAUUUUCUACACUUUUUUAAACUCAAGUCUACCAUGAGUUAUGUUUUCAGGGAAGAGAAAAUACCUUGUGGAAGUUAUAUUUGUUACACUGCAACAAUUCUACAUUUAACUUCUGAGCAGUUUCAUCACAUAGUUUGACAUAAUUUAAAUUCUAGAAUGUUGAUAUUGCAUGCAUUUUUAAAUAAAAUACAUUUU